UGUAAUAUCGAUAGGAAUGAAUUUCCUGAUUUAUCAAACUUGGUUCAAUGUCGAAAUAAUUCAUUAUUCACCAUUUGGAGACCUAAAGCACGAAUGAUGGGAUCUCGUGGUUGGUUGAAUGACCCUAUGGGUAUUUAUCAAAAGAAGGAUGGUUCUUGGCACAUAGGCUACCAGUGCCAGCCCAACAACUAUGUGUGGGGAAAUGUAUCUCAGUGCUCAGCCUCGACCAAUGACUUCACAUACUUCAAUGAUUAUCGCAGCUGGGAAGAUCCUACCACAAUCGCACCCUCGGCACUAUACGACAUUCGAGGAGUCUUCGAUGGUAGUAUUAUCAAAGAAGGGUGGAAUGGACAUCCUACUCUCAUAUACACUUCGACCUUUGCUGGAACACUUGGUUGGCAGAGUCAGCCACCAGAGAAAGAAGGCACUGAAACUCAGAGCAUUGCUUUCACUGAAGACGAUGGGCUCACCUGGACUAAACUCAACUUUGGUCAAAAUGGAAACCCAAUUAUCUACCAUUGGCCAGAAAAACAUUUGACUGGAUUCAGAGACCCAUAUAUAUUUGAGUCUGAAGAAUUCUCGGAGUAUUAUUCUAACUCUUCCAUACAACACCAGGUCCCAAAUAACGGUGUCACACCUACAGGCAAAAAGUUCUUAACUAUCAGUGGAGGUAUCCGUGCUGAUUUUGAACCAUCUAACGCUGGACCUCGAUUAUUUUUGUAUCGCCAAACCAAGGAUGAAAGUGUGCUUGAUUGGACAUACCUUGGACCACUUCUUACUUUACCUCCAAUAUUUUCUCCUGUUAGCCCUUGGCAAGGUGGUUCGGGAGUCAAUUUCGAAUGUGGAACUUUAUCGAGCAUCGAUGAGAAUGGAAGGAAGACUUCAAAGAAUGAGACUGAUAACGAAGAUCUUCAUCAUCUUAAUUUAUUCAUUGUUGGUACCGAAGGCGCUCGUAAUGGGUCUCAUCAUGACUAUUGGCCGAUUUGGCAUGCGUUGAAGUAUGAUUAUGAUUCGCCUGAUGGAAACGUUAAAGCACAUGUUGAAUUCUCCGGAGUCGUCGACUGGGGUACAUCAUACGCUUAUUCACAAUUUGCAGGUGCAGAUAACCGUCAGCUUCUAGUUGGAUGGUGUUACGAAGAUGAUGAGUACAACAUCCUAAGUUAUCAAAGGGGUUAUCAAGGUGCAUUCACCUUAUUCCGAGAUAUCUUCGUAAAGGUCAUUCGAGGAAUUUUACCAACAGCCCCGGAAUUAAAUGAAAAGGAUCCUAAUUGGAAGGUGAUCACUGAAAAGGAUGGUUCUAAAUCUAUUGUCACUCUUGGUCAAAAAAUAGUACCUGAGAUUAUAGCAGGAUACAAAAAGCAAUCUAGUAUCACCAAGCUUGAAGAUAGAACUUUGGAUGUCGGUGUGGUUGGAGAUGAAAAGAGUCGACCUAUGAAUUUGGUCGGAUUUGAAACUCAACCUACUGAUAAAUACUUUGCAAUCACUGCACAACUUGACUUUCAUGGUUCAUCCAACAAUGCCACCAACAUUGAUCGCUCCAGCAUGGUUAGGGGUGGGUUUAGGGUACUUUCCAGCGAUAGGGAAUGGACAGACAUCUACUAUGACCCUUCAACUGAGUCGAUGGUCGUCUCGCGUCUCAAUAGCUCCCUUAUUCAGGCCUAUGGGAAUGAAACUGAAGCAGGCAGACUCAGACUUUGGCCAAUUCAAGACCCUGUGAUGAACACAAUUUCAUUACAAUCUCUCAACUUGACCAUCGUAGUGGAUAACAGUAUUGUUGAAGUAUACGCAAAUGAUCAAACAGUCAUCACCACCCGAGUUUAUCCUUGGUUACUCAACUCAAAUGCUGUGACAUUCUUUGUUCAAGCACCCGAUUCUUUCAAGAAGGUCAAACUUGAUGAUGAUCAAGCACUCAGCAAUCAAAAUUCAACCUUCAUUCCUCAAUCUGUCACUUUUUCUAAUGUUGAAUUAUGGGAUGGACUUUUGAACGCUUGGCCAAACCGACCUCGUGAUACCUCAUUGCCCGGAAUCUUUAGUCAUAAUAUCACCAGUACUAUUUAUGGCUUAUGGUCAGAUAUUUGAGCUCGCGUCACUUGGGCAGUUUAUAUACCAUUGUAAAUCUCUACAAUGAUUCUGUCUCUACUGAUUUUCUCAUUCUCAUGCGUGUAAUCACUGGAUUUGUUGUCUUGAGCUGAAGUUGAUGGAUUUAUUGUAUACCUUUUUGUUGAUCACCUUGCAUUUUCUUGAGUAGGCAUCUGGUUCCUUCAUUUCAAAUGUCUUUAAGCCAGCUAGAUUUGGUUUAUUAUAGUUGUGUGUCUAGCUCUCAAUUCAUUACCAGUUCUUUUUGAAUAGGUCUUCAUUGUGAUUGUACAAAUUUACAAUUGGUUUUCAUGCCAAAAUUGUGAUGUU